AUGGCAACUGAACUGUUCGUUGUGAAAUGUUCGGGACCAGCACUUUGUGGCCGUGAUGUGAUUCUGGGACUGGGUCUCAUGCACGACAUUCAGGUGGGAGCAGUCCUAGGCUCGACCGAAUAUACCUCUGCAACUACAAUGAAGUUCAAGGCAGACUUCAAAGAUUUGUUCCAGCCAGGUACAGGUCUGAUGAGAGGGCCACCAGUCAACAUUGCCCUUAAGAAGGAUGCUAACCCCAGAUUCCUGAAAGCUCGCUCACUCCCAUAUGCACUCCUCAAUAAGGUUGCGGCAGAACUGGAACGCACGUGCCAACAAGGGAUUUUGACCCCCAUCAGCCACAGCAAGUGGGCAACACCUAUUGUUCCAGUUGUGAAACCAGACGGAACUCUGAGAAUCUGUGGAGACUUCAAGGUCUCAGUCAACCCUGCAUGUGACAUUGACCAAUAUCCUCUUCCCAAGGUUGAAGACAUCUUUGCAUCACUGAAAGGAGGCUACUGGUUCUCCAAAUUGGAUCUUCGUGAAGCAUACUGUCACAUACCGUUGAGUGAGGAGGCAAAAAAAGUUGCAGUGUUGAAUAGCCACAAAGGUCUAUUUGCAUACAACGGGCUUCCAUACGGCAUCGCCUCAGCUCUGGCAAUCUUUCAAAGAAGGAUGGAAGCUCUUCUGCAAGGCAUCCCAGGCACUCGGGUCUUUUUGGACGAUGUGCUUAUUUCAGAGCCUGAAGAUAGCUAUGGAAAGACGGUGAGAAGUGUGCUACAGGUCUUCCGUGAAAAUGGAAUUCAACUGCGGGAGGACAAGUGCGUUUUUGGUGCAAGGGAGGUGACCUACCUUGGACAUCGUAUUGACCGGGAGGGCUUGCAUUCAUCAGAAAGAAAAAUGGAAGCCAUCAUGCAACCUCCUGCACCCCAGAAUGUCCAGGAACUUAGGUCGUUCCUAGGGUUGAUCACCUACUACCGCAGUUUCCUUCCAAACAUGUCAACUGUUCUGGCACCACUGUACCAACUUCUUCAGCAAAAUGCAACGUGGAGGUUGACAGCGUUGGAAAAAGAGGCCUUUAGCAAUGCAAAGAGUGCUCUGAAAAACUCAGACCUGGUAGUCCAUUUUGACCCCACAGAAGAGUACUCGAAUGUGAUGCGUCCCCACAAGGCAUCGGUAACAGAGACAAAGCCCCUGCGGAAAUGCUUCUCACCUUCAGACCCAGAGGACGGCUCGACCUGCUACUGCACAAGGCAGACUAUCUCGUGCCUACUACGGACAAAAACACAGAAAGGAAAUGGUCACCUGGAGAGGCAGUUCUUGCUCGAAAUUUUGGCAAGGGACCAAGGUGGAUCAGUGGCACCACCAACCGAAUGGCAACCGAAUGGCAAGCAUCUUGAUAGCUAUGGGCACAAUAACCCGGCACUUUGA